GCUGUAGAGCCGCCAGUUGCUUGGGAGUGUCGGAGAGGUUAGGUAGCGCCGGGCCUGCCUCCGCCGAGCGUGGGGCCUUGUGGUCGCCUGAACGCCUGAAGUACCCGCCGACGGGAGGGCCUCGGAGCUGCGGUUCCCUCUUUCCAGAGGGGGUGAGGUAGUCACUCCGGAGCACUCUGCGCGCCACGCUUCAUGAGACGCUCUCGUAGAAAACUCCAGCCGGGUUGUUGAAACCGGAGGAUUUGUUCCUGACCUUCCAUAAAAAUGUCCAAGCAACAGCCUGCUCAGUUUACCAAUCCAGAAACCCCUGGCUAUGUUGGAUUUGCAAACCUUCCCAAUCAGGUUCACCGGAAGUCUGUGAAAAAGGGGUUUGAAUUUACUCUUAUGGUAGUUGGUGAAUCUGGUUUGGGAAAAUCUACAUUAAUAAACAGCCUCUUCUUGACAGAUCUCUACCCAGAAAGGAUAAUUCCAGGAGCUGCUGAAAAGAUUGAACGCACUGUGCAGAUUGAAGCCUCAACAGUUGAAAUUGAAGAGAGGGGUGUGAAACUACGUCUGACUGUUGUAGAUACACCAGGGUAUGGGGAUGCUAUCAAUUGUCGAGACUGUUUUAAGACCAUAAUCUCUUACAUUGAUGAGCAGUUUGAGCGAUAUCUGCAUGAUGAGAGUGGUUUGAACAGAAGGCAUAUCAUAGAUAACCGGGUUCAUUGCUGCUUCUAUUUCAUUUCACCAUUUGGUCAUGGCCUUAAGCCUCUGGAUGUUGAGUUUAUGAAGGCCAUACACAACAAAGUAAAUAUUGUACCAGUGAUUGCAAAAGCUGAUACGCUUUCUCUGAAAGAGCGAGAAAGACUAAAGAAAAGGAUUCUGGAUGAAAUAGAAGAGCAUAGCAUCAAGAUUUAUCACCUGCCUGAUGCUGAAUCAGAUGAGGAUGAAGAUUUUAAAGAGCAGACCAGACUCCUGAAGGCCAGCAUUCCAUUUUGUGUAGUGGGAUCCAAUCAACUUAUUGAAGCCAAAGGUAAAAAAGUUAGAGGUCGACUCUACCCAUGGGGUGUAGUUGAAGUGGAGAAUCCGGAACAUAAUGACUUCCUGAAGCUGAGGACUAUGUUAAUCACCCAUAUGCAAGAUCUUCAGGAGGUGACCCAGGAUCUGCACUAUGAGAACUUCCGCUCUGAGAGGCUCAAACGAGGUGGCAGGAAAAUAGAAGAUGAAGAAGUAAAUAAAGACCAGAUUCUGCUUGAAAAAGAAGCUGAACUUCGUCGCAUGCAGGAGAUGAUUGCGAGAAUGCAGGCACAGAUGCAGAUGCAGAUGCAAAGUGGAGAAGGAGAUAGUAGUGCAGUUCAUGGACACCAUGUAUAAAGUCUUUGAUUACUUUAUACCCUGACUUAAAAGAGAACUUCUGGAGUUGAAUUACGGUGGUGUUAUACCAGAAAGGAAGCCUUUUGCUGAACAUGUGACUUGGAGUUUGCUUUAGAGUUUAACGUGGAAAUGCAUUGUGGUAACUCUUGUGAUAGGUAUUUCAUAACAUGUAGUCAGUGGGUAUUUUAUAUAUUAUACACAUUUGACUUUGUUUUUGUUUAGUAAUUCUUAUAUUGAGCUUAUUUAGCUUAUUUUCAAUUUCCCAUUGUAUUAGGGAUACAAAAUAGACAUUAAAACUUUUCUAGCCUGAUAUGGCGUUAGAUAAUAAUUGCUUUUUUUUUUUUUAAUAUGGCUUAUUAGCUCCCUGCCUUUAACUUUGUAUCACAUUUAGAAGUAAACAGCUGUCAGUGAUAUCUUGUUCAGUGGCAUGUGAUAGUCGCCUCACUAAGGAUCCCCACAAGGUUAAUUUUAUACUUUUUGCAGUGUUUACAGGUGUGUGUCUGUGAGACCAUCAGCCCUUUUUCUGUCUUUGCUCAGUGCGGAUGAUUUCCUUGGCCUCUGCAAGUAUCAAACUAAAAUUCAAGCAUGCCUUGUGUCUUAACAAAAGAAACAAGAGGAAAUGCCUCUUUAAGGUGCACGCUGUAUUUUAGAUGACAGGCAUUAUUUCCUUCAGAUUUAACCUUGAGGGAUGUAUAUUCUUUAUUGUUUGCCUAAAAUCUCUUAUACUAUUGCAGAUAAUUUUUAAGAGUUUCUUGUAGGUCAGCCCAAAUCAGUCCUGCUAUUUUCUGGCAUUACUGUAGCCAAAUAAACUUGAAUAAUGCUGAUCUUGUUAAAUGAGGUAAACCCCAAAGAGUAGUUUUCUAUGCAUGGGUGUUUCCUAUAUCCAAAUGUGUAAGAAGUUCUAUAAUUCCUAAUGAGUAUUUUCAUACUAUUGUUAGGGCAUUGCAAACUGUUAAUUGUAGUAUAAAAUAUAUACUAGCACACUUCUCUUUCUAUAAAGUGAUCUGUGCCUGACAGGAUCAAUGCAAACUGUAUUUUAAGGUCUUGCUCCAAGAUGGAGUUAGCAGUAUUACUUUGGAAGUGACUCUGGUAAGUUACAGUUGUUGGGGUUUUUUUAGGCCAAGGUCACUUUCCUUAACACUGAUAGUAAAGGAGACUGGUUUUUAGCUUGGCUGGACUUCUACUACAUAUCAUGCCUGGUAUUGUAUUUGCAGUAUGUAAUAACAGCUAUAGUAUACAGCUACAUAGGUGGUAGCUGAUAGGGUAAGCAGUAACACACUGCGGUUGGUUUUUCUACCACUUCUGAUAAAGCCAACAAUCAGAUUUCCUAAUCUGAUCUGUUACAAAACAUUGUUAUCUGAACAGCUAAUAAAUAGGUAGAAUUGCAACUUCUUUCUCUUCUUUGAGCUCAGGUGCAGCUGUGACUUUUAUAAUUUUUUUAAUGUUUCUUUGAAAAAAUUGAUGGGAUUUCUACAGCUAAUGUAUAAUUGCAGUGGUACUUAAGUGGCUAGAUUAAAUGUAAACCUGCUAGGCAACUGAAAUUUUUAGCUGCCUGAAACUACUGUUUAUGAAUUGGUUUAUAUUUGAAUCUUUUGAAAAAUGUGAAGUAAAAUCCUGCAUCGUAGCCUUUGCUAGGGAGCUCCAGUUUUCUUCUCAAAAGUAAUUACUGUCAAAGUUUUGCACAACUAAUUUGACCUUCCCUAACCUUGAGAAAAGUGAAAAUGAGAACCUUUUUGUAUGUUGAGAUGCACAGAAGUGUUAAGUCUCAUUUUGUCAAAUAUUUACAUAUGAAACUUAGAUGGAAAAACAUGCACUUCUAAGUUCUUCUCUUGCUUUUUCGAAAGAAUGUGUAGAAACAAAGUAAUGUGGCAGUAUUGUCAGAAAACACUCCACAACAACUUAUUUAUUUCUUUUGAUAUAUUUUUGUGAAUCAGUUGUCAUAAAUUUACCAAAAAAACUUACUGUAAACUUAAGUCAUCAAAUACUUUGUGAAGUCCCAUGCUGUUCUUCAGUUGCCACAAAUCUGUUUUUUUUCUGAUAACACAGUAUUUGUCCACUUCUAAGCUAUUUGUCUGGUAUCUCUCUGUUAAAUGUUUUAAACACAGCAUGCUUCAGACACUGUCUGCUUUGCCAAGGGGAGCAACUCUGGGACAUGCAUGUUUUCACCUAUAAGCUUGGUAGGGUAUGGUAAGCUGCAAUAGUACUAUGAACCCAUACUUGAAGAAAAACUGUGAAAUCUAAAAUGUAUGCAAAGGGCGACUGGUUGUACAUGUAACUCUCUCUGGGUAUGUUGGUUUGAUAGUUUUUUCCUGUAUUUUCUAACAUGGGAACAAAAGCAGAUUGUCCAUGCAUUUAGUGCUGUUUGGUCACUACCUGUGGAAUUAUUUUAAGCAAUGUCUUAUUCUUUGAAAUAUCUUGUAUCUAUUAAAAUAUUUGGUCAGGAUAAAGUAUUCUGUUUGAUUCUUAGGCAAAUAAUUUUUGAUCUACAAAUUCUAGCAGGAGAAAUAUUUUCAUAUUUGUUUUGUUUUGUUUUUUAAUAGGAAAAAGCAAGUUUACGGCACUUGCCAUUUUAACUGAAAUACUUAAGACAGCUAAUUGCUUCUUCUUCCCAAGUCUUUGGGGCAAUCAUUCGUAGCGUGCCUGAUGUCUCUGAAGGUCUAUUUCCCCUUCACUUUUCUUGUGAUAGUCUUGUAAUUAAUGGUUUCAUGGUAAGACAUGAAAAGUGAGACUACCUUUCUCAGAUUGUUUCAGACAGACUCAGCUAGUGGUAGAAGAAAGACUUGGGUAGAAGAAAGACGGAGACAAAAGGUAGAUGUUGUUUGGUGGCUUGCUGAACUGGCCACAAUUCUUUUUCUGUUACAGCAUUGUAACGGUUUUUAUUUUAGGAGUCAAAAUACUUUGGAAUUUGCAGAGCUUUAUAGUUGGUAGCAAAAAUUACUUGCUCUUGGUACAAAAAUCUGUUAUAUUCUGUUUUAUGUACUGCCAUUAGCCAAAUCUAUAAUAAAAAAAUGCUAAAAUACA